AUGGAAACAGAAGACCAGACAAAUGACGAUAUUCCCGAAAACCUGAAACGACUCGUGCGAAUUAUGCUCCGUGCAUUCUACAGUUUUGAACAUUCUCUCAUUCUCGAUAUUCUGAUACGAAAUCGCUGCAUAAAAGAAGAAGAAAUCCUGACGCUGUGUAAAUUCGACAAGAAGCAGUUGCGAGCGAUUUUGACGACGAUGAAAAUGGAAAAGAUUCUCAAAUCGAAGACGCUUUCUGAACCAACGCCGGGAGCAGAGCCUGAUGAAAAUGGAGUCGUUCCGAAGAGCAAAUUUGUUUACUAUUUUAUUAAUUACAGAACAACAAUCAACAUCAUCAAGUUCAAGCUUCAUAAAAUGCGCGAAAAGAUCGAAUCGCAAGAGCGAGAUAAUUCCAAUCGCGCGAGUUUCAUCUGCCCAAUGUGCAAAAACACUUACACCGAUCUGCAGGUCGAUCAGUUGCUCGAUCCGAUGAGUGGGAAGUUGUUCUGUAGUUACUGUAGAUCUGAAGUUGAAGAGGAUGCGUCAGCUGGGCCGAAGACGGAUUCGAGGACGUUGCUGGCGAAGUUUAACACGCAAAUUGCUCCUAUUUACGACGCAUUGAGAGAGACAGAGAACAUCGAAUUCACGCCAACGAUGACAGAUCCCAAUCCCUCCUUCGUCCAGUAUCUCCACAGCGACAAAGAUGACGAUGUCUUCGUCGGAUCCGAUGGAAGAGUCACUCGAAAAACAGAAUCUAGUCAACCGAAGGAUGGCGAUGGCUGGCGAAGUGGAGCUAGUAGACCUGGAUUCGCGGAUGACAUCAAUAUUAUUAUCGACCACGAGGAAAAUGUCAAGGCAAGAAACAAAAGUUGCGAAGGAACAACCAUCCUGGCUGGUCAAUUCUACGGUUGUCAAAAAGACGAAGACUAUUUGGCCGAUUUCGAGACUGGAAAUACUUUCAAGCCUGUAAGAAGAGACGACGAAAUCGAAGAUAUCGACGAUCUCCUGCGGAAUACAGAACAGCCAGCGAUCGUCAAGCCCAAACCAGUCAAUCCAAGAGCAAGAGAUCCGAUUGAAGAGUCAAGCGAGGAUGAGUUUAUCGAUUCUGACGCUCUUACUGUACAAGGAAAAGAAUACAGCUACGAGGAAAUAUCAGAAGACCCGUCUCUGGUCGAGCAAAUGACCGAAGCCGAGCAGAACGCGUAUCAAGAAUACAUGACUCAGCAAAUGGCAUACAUACCGGAUGAGGAGAAGAACUCGUCCAGUAAUGAUCCACUGAGUAACACAGGAAACACCUGGGACGAGUACUUCAAAGACAACGAGCUCCUCAGCCAAAUUGAAAAGGACGCGCGUCGACUUUACCCUGACAUUUCCUUCUUCUCCGAACCAGCGAAAUAUCCGGCGGUAGAAUUCAUCAACGAGAGCUACAAAACUGGAAUGCUGAAGAUGCGCAUUUCGAAAAGAAAUGUGACGAGUAGCCAGUCGGCCAAGGCGAGGAACGGGGCCAUCGUUAUGAAAGAGUCGAAAAAUGGCGACGAAGAUGAUGAUUUGGAAUGUAAAGUUGAGAAAAACUGGGAAGUCGUUGAGCGCCUUCUCUUUGUCUAUGCAAAGUUGAAUCAAGGAACAAAAUACAUCCAGGGAAUGAACGAAAUUAUCGGACCGAUUUACUUCGUUUUAUCACAAGAUCCAGAUUCGAAAUGGAGUAGAUAUGCUGAAGCGGAUACUUUUUAUUGCUUUACUCAAGUAAUGUCUGAAAUCCGCGACAACUUCAUCCAAUCAAUGGAUGAAUCAACAAGCGGUAUUCACGCUCUCAUGGCUCAAACAUUCACGCUUCUCAAGAAACAUGACUACUCGGUUUGGCAAGUGCUAAACGACCAAGAAAUCCGCCCGCAGUUCUUCCUCUUUCGCUGGAUGACGCUUUUGCUCUCUCAAGAAAUGCGAAUUCCGGAUACGAUACGACUUUGGGACUCGUUGUUCAGCGAUUCGAAGCGGUUCGAGUUUCUAAAAUACGUCUGUGUCGCCAUUUUAACGUUGAUCCGCGAAGACCUGAUUUCAGGCGAUUUCGGCUUCAAUAUGAAGCUGCUGCAAAAUACCUCCGAUGUUUUACCUGAUGUCCUCAUUAUUAUAAGAAAAGCCGAUGAAUUACGCCAAAAAGACCUCCGCAAAAACUCCGGGCCUCACAUCAACCUUUUGUCGAAAGCUCAACUAGCAAAUUCUCAUUUUGCACGGUGA